AUGAAGUUCACCGCCGCCUUCGCCGCUGCCUCCAUGGCCGCCAUCUCCUCCGCCCUUCCCCAGGCCUCUUCUCCCUUCCCUCGCCCUGAGGCUGGCGACGUUUUCCGUCUGAUGUCUCUGCGCUCCGCCACUCCCAUCCAGUACGGCAACGUCCAGGCCAAGGAUGGCGGCCUCGUGAUCAACUCGCCCGACGAGAACAACAAGACCUGCAUCAUCAACGGCGACCGCGACAACACCACUAGCGGCAUUAACUACGCCUCAUUCUCGCUCGACCAGGAGGACGGCAGCGUCUACAUCUACACCUUCAACCCCCCUCUCCAGCUGUACGUCGACCGCAGCGGCAUGGGUCAGGGCAACGUCCGCUACUCCACUGGUGUUCAGCCCAUCGGCAAGAACCAAGAGCGCGGCCCCUUCAAGAUCAACGACGACGGUGACCUUGUCUUCUCUGCUGGUGGUCUUACCGGCGAUGUUGGCUUCCAGGCUUGCCCCGGCGCUGUUGGCGGAGGCUGGAAGAUCUGGCUCUCUGGUGUUGACAAGCCUGCUGGUUCCGAGGGAUGCACUCCCUUCACCAUGAAGGCGCUCAAGGAGGACGAGCCCAAGAAGUGCCUCUACUCUUCUGCUCCUGCUUAA